AUCAUCGAUGACGCGAUAUUGCAAAUGGCGGCCAUUAAGAUUUCGACGAAAUCGGCGAUAAAAAACAGCAUAUUUACGGCGUUUUAAGCCAGGAAGUUGCACAGUGAUACUGUCAGGGUCUUGAAUUACACCCACAAAGUAGAUGGUAUCGUCUGCUCGAGACAUACAGUGACGCUGUAUGCUGUUAACGGCCACCUAGGGAUGAGGUUGCACCACAUUCCUCAAGUCCUGAUUCGGCGAAUCCCAGGCGUUGGACGUGGUCUUUAGCUUCAAGAUUAGAGAUGGCUGCCAGAGUUGUUGGUGCUGUGGCCGUAGCGGCGUACCUGUUAUGGAAGUUACUGAAAACGAACGAAGAGGACACUGGAGACCGUACUACCUUGGUGCCUGAAUCAUCCGCGGCAUUCCAUGCAGCAAGGCGAAGGUCUGGUUCUUCCUUGCAGUGCGUCCUGGCGGACUUCGUCGAGAUGAAGCUCGGAGUGUCCGGCAAGGAAAAGCACGAGGUUCUCCAAGCCUCAAUUCAAGUGGCAACUCGUCUGAGAAAGGAGCUGCAGAAGAGUGUUUCUUUGUUUAAAUUCCCGAAGGACCCUGAACAGAUAGGUAGCUCCUCAGAUGGGACAAUGAUUCAAAGGAAAGGCGAUUGCGACUAUCUACUCCACUUGGAAAUUCCAUCUUCAUUUUUUAGUGGUUCUACUCAGCUCGGACACACUGGUGAAGGGUAUCAUACAGUUAAGCUGGUGAGUCCAUCCCAAGAAAUGAAGAAACUGACAGUAACGGUAACAGAAGAAGGGUUUGUCUUCAAAUCUGAAUACCACUGUCUGAGCCCCCUUAAAGUUCAUGCCUUUCUGCUGGGAGCAAUUGACAAAGUUGUUAACAAGCUCCCUGGGGUUGGUCGCAUCGUUAGUGUGAGGCAUGUAUCCCAUCAAGCUGGCCCGGCGUUGAAGUUUAAGGUGACCUACGGUACAAGCGAUGGAGGCAACAAUACAUUCGACAUGGACCUGGUCCCGUGCUUUACCAUUGAUGGUAAGCAGCUUGUUGGAAAGCGUCACCCAAGCCAACCCGACUACCAUCUAGUUACUAGGAGGACACGCGACAACCAGGAGACACUCCGGUGGCGACAGGGCUACAGCAGCGAAGAGCGUGACGCAAUCGAGCCACUGGACCAGGGCGACGGCGGAUGGAGUAAAAAGGUUUAUCGAUUGGUGAAGUACCUGCGUUACCACCAGCCCCAGUUCAGGAAGUUUUCUUCAUACAUCUACAAGACCGUGUUUCUGUACCUUCUGGACGAGUACAGGUAUCCGUCGGAGUGGCGUGAACAGAAAUUAGCAACAAGGUUUAUGGAUUUCAUGAAAAAAUUAGAGGUCAUCUUCGAAAAGGGAGAGUUGAAUCACUACUUUUUGUUGAAACAUGAUGGAAUCCGUAGAAAUCUGUUACAACCCGAUGAAGAUCAAUAUCAGAUCGAUGAGUUCUACAACUUUCUCCGUCGCGCUAACAGGGGUGGGGAGAAGGCAUGGGCUCAACUCUUUGUAGACCUUUAUGAGAAGGGCUACUAAGAUUUGUGUUGACUGACCUACACAACAGUGAGCUUUGCUAUUUAUCCAAUCCAAGAACAGCUCCGCCGAAAACGGUUCUUGUUUCUGUUCCCGUCGUCAAAAAAUAUAACAUGGUUUUGCUUCCGUGACCGGUAUCGAGUGGUUGCAUCCGGGUUUUCUCCUUUGGCAGUCCAUUUCGGCGUCGUCAUUCAGUCUCCUAGUCUCGCCAUUGGUCACAGUCGCCAAGAGAUACUUGCACCGUACUAUAGCAUGCAUUUGGUCUCUUCCGGUUUAGGAGGCAUAUGAAGCGUAGUCCUCUCAUUGGGAGAUUAGUCGUCAUCAUACCCUCUCGGUUUGCCACUCAACUUUGCAUUUCGAGCCAGUUUAGGUCUCGGUUUGCCACUCAACUUUGCAUUUCGAGCCAGUUUAGGUCUCGGUUUGCCACUCAACUUUGCAUUUCGAGCCAGUUUAGGUCUCGGUUUGCCACUCAACUUUGCAUUUCUAGCCAGUUUAGGUAGACUGCUUCUCGGAAUUGGAUGGCAGAGCUCACCUGUAUGACUCUCUUCGUCGCAAUGGAGAGAUGAAUUGGGCUGCUGGGCUCGUGAAGACGUUUAUCUUUAUCAAGAUUUCUAAAAAGCUUUCAAAAAAGUAUUUUAACACAGACAAAUAAUUGGCCGUCCGCAUGAUAGAGGAUGAGAAAUGAGAAAACAAAUAAAGAAUAAAGACAGUUUUGUUGUUGAAGAAUCUGUAAAGUUAGUGUAUUUUAUUAAACAUUGUAUUUAAACUUAACCUAUAAAAAAUCGACAAACAAUACACGUUGCAUUGAAAAAGAGAAAAUUAGUCAAAACAAGGUCUUGUUUUCGUAAGAAGAAAACAUGAUUUAUAAAACGUUUGAUAUUCUCAUAAUAGAAUGGAUUUAUAGACACUAUAUACCAGUACCUAGCAAGUUGAGCGCCACAUAUCGCCAAUGUUUCGAACUCCUGAACACAUUACUAUAAUGUUGGCCGAAUAUCGUCCACGGUGCAUGUGGUAGUUAUUGGUAGAAACAUUUAACAUUGGAUAUUAUUGAUGUAAUGAUCCAAGGAAGGUCUAAUUAAGUUACUCUUCGUCGCCGACAGGGGACUCUCCUAUCUCUCAGCAUAUCGGAACUAUUCGCGCUGGUGCGAGGAAUAUAUUUCAAUGAAGGAAACUACCCAGUUCAUAUCACCAGAAGAUCACUGACCUGAUCCCGUAGCUCCUGCCGCUAGUGCCCCUUUAACGAAGUGAUUAGGAUGAUGAGGGUUUUCCGUAUUUACCAAGUGCUUUCUAACUUGAAAUUAAUCCUGAUCUAAAGUUCUUUGGCAUACCGGUAACCUUUUCGCACUUGAAUACUCAAUUUGCAACUUGCGUUGGUUUCACUCGUAAAUCAGCUGAGAAGGCUUUUAUCAGGAUCGGCCCUAAAUUCCCCGGGCGCUCUUUUCCCCGAAUUCUGUGUCCCGGAUCCCCGGUCACAGUUAGGUACGGGGUUACUGCCCGGGUCAGUGUCUUUCCGGGACCUUUCCUUUGCCCGUGAAUGGUCAGUGAGUGCAUCAACAGUUUGUUGAAAGCGGUUUUUACAGAGUACGACCGAAACACCUAUAUUGUGGACCCCCGAAAACAUAAUAUAUAACCAGUAUUAAGUAGAGCAUAAACCCCGGGGCACUGUUACUCUCUUUCAUCGCGGGAACAUAGAUUCCGGGGAAAAUUGGUGUACGCAUGUAAUUGACGUAAUUGAUAUAAUUGAUAUGGGUAAGUUCUAUUAGAUUAUAUUAAGGUAGAAUGGGGUAAUUGUAGCCCCGGUUUAGUUGUAGCCCCUGCCUAUGAUAUUGAUUGAUAUCCCCAUGCAUCAAACAAUGCAGGGACUACUAUUACCCCAUUCUACCCUAUAUAGAACAGGAAUUUACCUUACAAACUAUUCGUAGUAGCUGUUCCGCUUUUGGCUCUAGGUAACUUCAGCUUCUUACCUCGGUCCUGUCUCUGAUAUUGUUAUAUAGGAUAGCAGAGGUUAUAAUCUGCAUAUUAGUGUAAAUUGAGAACUAAGCAGUUGACCAUUAUCACAACUUGUUCAACAGCUAAUUUGUCUCGAAUAUGAUCGUUGCAUGAUAUCUGCAGACAGGCUAUGAAUUCGAUCAAGUAUGGAUCAAAGAUGAAUGUUUAACAAGUUUUUGGUAAGAUAGACUAGCACUUAAUCCGAAUUUUGAAUAUAGGGAGCUUUUGCAAUUGAAUUAGCUCUAAUUCAUUGACCGUUGAAUUAUUAGAUUGCUUCUGCCUGAAUUAUCUUAUUACAACCCCUUAAUAUUCUCUAAUCUAUAAUUGAUUCGAUGUUUAUACAAUACAUGUAUGAAUAUGAUGCAAAGUUAAUUACAUGUAACAAUGGCUUAUCAAUUGCAGAAUACGCCCAGGUUUGUCCAACUCCAAUGCCAGUCAAAUAACUAGCGAGUUCUCACAAGUCUCCCGAAACGCCAACGUGAACGCCCAUUCCAUUAUUUUUCGACCUCUUGAUGUCGAACAAUGGGAUAAGUGUUCGCGUUGACGUUUCGGGGGCUUCGGGAAAACUCCCUACUGACAUGUUUCGCAACCCGUACGAAGAGCUACGAAUGACGAAGUGAUGUAGCAUGUGAAUGAAUUUCAUCGACAAGGGUUUUCAAAAGAAUUACCCGAUUCCUUGUGGUACUGCUACUCCUAACCAGCAGGAAAACCAAUUCAUGAGUGUCGCGACAUUAACCUCUACGUGCCCUUGCCAGUUCAGAGCUAUUGACACCCAUGUAAACUGUUUCGUGGAGGUCGAUGUUCACCAGAUUUGCUCUGAUAACCAGUUGACAAGACAGCAGAACAAUGGAAAUUUAGGCCCAGGUGUGAGCGGGGUUUGUCUAAAGACAAUAGACCACAUGGGCAAGGUUUGAAUCAGUUUAACUGCGUGGUAUUAAGGGGCAAAAUAACGUAAUAGCACCGCACAAACCCUUGUACUUUUUGUUUUUCGUUGUUCACACGGGUUGCGAAACCUGCCUAUUAGCAUUACUGAAUGUAAAUAAUGGCUACGGUGGUAUUCGACUACAAAAUGAUGAAACGAUUCCACUGCUUGAUUACUAUGAUGCAAGUAGAAUUUUCUUGGGGUAGUUGUAAAACAAGAAACACAUUAACACAGAACAAAAUACCAAAACCCCCGAAACUCCUGUGACGAAUUCUGGUCUGCAGACACCAUCGUGUUGCCAUGGUUGUUGCCACGAAAGCUCGGAAUAUUAUGUUGGUUGGUUGAAAUAUGCUUGUCUAUCAACUCUGCUUUUCUGUGUUUCUUAUUCUAAAGUCACCCAAAAAUUAUGUGUUUGAUACAUGUAUUUUUAGUGCGCAUAGCGAGAUAAUUAUUCAUAAAUAUCAUCGAUAUCCAAAAAGGGAUAAAAACAUGCAUAUUUUGAAAAGAUAUUAAAAUCCGGAUAAGAAUGAAUGAGCGAUCAUUUGAACUCUGGAAGAAGACACCUCGAGAUAAUUUAAAUUGGAUUUGUUUUCUGGUCCAGAACGUCCCAUAAUGUCCGGAACGAUGAAAGAUGGCGCCACUACUCGAGCAUGCCUCCUAUAUCACAAAAAUAUCGUUCCAUGGGCGUUUUGUCUGGCCGAAUGACGUUACCCUGUCGAAGUUAAAAUGCAGGUAGUUGCGUAAUGAAUAAGAUAUGUCGAUAAAACGUAAUUCGUUGUUGUCGUUACUUCCUAAACUGC